AAAAAAUAAAGUAUUUCCCAAAAAUGAAGCUGGAUCAUUUGUUUUACAACAUUUAAACGAAAUUGUUCCUUAACUCUGUCCCAUGUUAUAAAAAAUAAAACUACCAAAGAAAAUUCACAGUCAUGUUUAUGUAUGUCAAACUUGCAAUUUGCAUAUGAAUUGGGGGCAUUGCUUCAAAGUGCAUAGGUAUUAGUGAAAUCACAACACAUCAACACAUUAUCAUUAACAUCGGCCAUUAACAUCACCAUCCUGGUAUGCCACAGACAUGGUGCUGCUGAGGAUGUCCUUUAGGUGGCAACAAAACUAACGCGACGACACACGCAAUUUUUCGCGCUUUUGGUUGUUGCUUUAUUGCCGCUAUUAUUGUGGACCCCUCCCAAGGACUCAUUGUCCAAGUGCCAUUAAGGAGAUACAGCCGGAAAAUAAUUUUAUUUGGCCCAUUAAUUAAAUCUUUUACGUGUAAAUAAAGAUAUUUCAAUUUCUGCUCAUUUGGAAAACAAUAACCAUAAAACCAAAAAAAGAAUUUCAAAAACAAACCAACACCAUCAACUAUGGUUUAAUUGUUUUUCCGGUGGAAAGGGCCAAGCUGAACGAUUAGUUGAUGGCCAGAGGCUUAUCAUUCAUAAACUCUUAUCAGUAUUCCAUACGCAUACCAUAAGGCCACAGCAUCUCUAUUCCUGAAGCAGUGUAAGCAUUAGAAGAGGAAGAUACAAGAAAAACCGAUUUAAUUAUAUAUAAAUCUCACCAUGCUGAUGGAUAAUGGCGGUAGCGGCAACACCAGCACCCUAAACAAUAAUAAUAACAACACCAAAUUGAGUUCUGGUUUGGGCGUCAUUAACAAAGUUGAUGGACAUGACAGCAGCAUUGGCGGCGGUGUAACAUGCAACAGCUCCGCAAAUGGCAAUUGUCCUGGUGACACAACAAUUGGCGCGUGCCUAUUGUCUAAGGAUGACCACCAUGCCUCCAGGCCGUAUAAGACGAAUGUAAAUGAUAGCCAUGAUGAUGAGGAGGAGAAUGACGAUGAAAACAACCUUAAUAAACCCGGCAUCGAUAAUUAUGACAACGACGAAAAGAAAAUGAUGGAAAUGAUUCGCAAAGAUGCGGAGGACGAUGAGGAUGAGGAUGAAAAUAAUGCCACGGCCGAAUCCCCCCUCCUACCUAACAGGGAAUACAGUUUGCCAGAGGCCAAUAAUAACAACGUUGGCUCACCAACAACUCCAACAUUAACGCCACCCACUAUAAUAACAACAACAUCACCGACUGAUCAAUUAAAUACCUCAAAAAACAUAUCAUCUUUAUUAAUACCUGAUCUAUCAUCAAACAGCCCCACAGACCUCACACCCUCUCCACAACAAGCCGGCCGUAAACGUUUUUCCAUACCCAAUCUCUUCCCCGGUAAUAACCGCAAACUUAGCAUCGAUAGCAUCACCCAACCCAUACAAUCUUUGUUGGGCAUUAGUGAGGAGCAAUGUCGGCGACGAAAUUCCCAACCCAACCUUAGAAGAUUUCGCAGUAGAACCGAUACUGGCUGUAGUUUGGGCCAUCGCAGAGGAUCUCGCCAAUUGUAUUCAAAAUCUCCCACACGCAAACAUUCACACAACUACAAUCUCUAUCCGAAGGAUUCGUUUUAUAAUUUAGAAGGCAAGGCUCCCAAGCAAUCAAACAAAAUGCAAGCCAAAGUUGAUGCUGUGGGCCGUGUAACAGGCGAAUGGGGAAAAUGGCAAUUACGUACCGUACUACUGAUAUUUCUGUGUAAGAUACCCUCCUCCUGGUUUAUGGCUUGUAUUAUAUUCACAGCACCCGCACCCAGGCAUGGUGAGUUCUUUUGUAAACCUCCACCACAGAUAGGAGCCAAAAAUCAAACUGCCUGGAUAAAGGUGUCCCAUCCGAUAAAGGAGGAGGUCGAAGAUCAAGAGUUUUCCAUAGAUUUUUGUAAUGUUUACAAAGAUGCACAGGAGCAUGUACAUCACUAUUACAACUAUGCACAUCAAUCGGAUGAACCUAAAGCUUGGGAAGAACCGGAAUCACUUAAAUCAGAUAUUAUACCCUGCAAAGAGUUUAUGCAUGAGGCAGAAUUUCAUUCAGUUAUAACGCAAUAUGAUUUGGUAUGCUCUCGAGAUAUAUUGGUGUCGGUAACGCAGUUCUUCCAUUUGUUUGGAGUAUUGACGGGAGGCAUAUUGGCAAAUCAUUUGCUAAAAUACUUUAGUCCGCGUAGUGUAAUGCUGUUUGGUAUGAUAACACAAAUAUUUUGCGGUAACUUAACGGGACAUGUGGCAUCCUAUGAACUGCACGUUUUCUUCCGAUGUCUGUCUGCUGUAUGUUGUGCUCAAAUGUAUACAGCUGGUGGUAUGAUAAUGGCGGAUAUAACGGGUGGCAUUUAUAAGACCUGUGUUUCAACGCUCUUUGAACAAUUUUGGUCCAUUGGAGUUAUACUAUUGCCUGGAGUGGCGAGUUUCUUUUCCAGUUGGUCCUAUUUAUAUAUGGCCAUUUCAUGGCCAACCGUGAUACUCAUUUAUUUAUGGAGGUGGAUACCAGAUUCUCCCCGUUGGAUGGUGGCCAGAGGAAGAGUCAUGGAAGCUAAACAAAUUCUAAUUGAGUGUGCCGAAUACAAUGGCACUCGUCACAGUCUUCCCCAUGACAUCGAUCAGCAAUUGGAGCUACAAGCUCAAACAGCAAUGGACGCUCCACCACCAGCUGGUUGGUGGUCCAUCUGGAAGGGUGAAAAGGCUAUACGCCAUAUGGUGUGUGUUCACCUCUGCUGGUCCAUUUACAUUGUCGUCUACUAUGGCAUGCUUUUGAAUAUCCGUUCCUUCAGCCGUGAACAUUUACAAAUUAACACUGUGAUAGCCGGUCUUUCAGAAAUCAUCGGCACCUUUAUUGGUCUAUUCCUUAUAUUAAAGACAAAACGGAAAUGGGUAUGGACUGGUCUCUUCAAUGUUGUGGCAGGUUGUAUUGCCUAUAUGGGAUGGCUGGUGCCACAAGAUAUUCCUAUUGAUGGCCGUGUCGCCCUACUCAUGUUAACAGCUAUGAUUUCCAAAAUGGCCAUAUCCUGCACCCUAUCCAUUUUAACCACCUGCACCGUGGAAUUGGUGAGCAAUGAGAAAAAGAAAAUCUGUGCAUUCUCCACCAUUUGUUGGGCACGCUUCUGGCUGCUGGGCGCCCCCUUCAUAGGAGCCACCAUAGUCUUUGGCCAACUAGUGCCACAAACGGCAUUCGCUUCCCUGGCCAUAGUGGGAGGUUUCCUCAGCUCAUUCAUAUCCAGUCCGCGAACUGUGCCCAAAAGAAAAACCACACAGGCCACAAAUAAUAUGGCCACCGCCACCCAGCUAUCAUCACAGGAUGGCAUCGACAACAAGGCCUUCUCCAAGGGACUCAUAUUCAGUAGCAUUAGCAGUAAAUUUAAUAAUUCACACUCGAAUCUACCUCCACAACUGAUGCCGGGUAUUUGGACGACGAAAAGCUAUGAGGAUGCCAUAAACAAUACCAACCUUCCAAAGGUAUGAUUAAAGCAAGUCGAGUGUUUUAGACUCGACUUUGAGGAUAUAUGGAAGACAAGUAAACCGAAAAGGAAAAGAUACAAAUAGAAGAGGAAGACAAAACUAACGUUCAUCAAAUUAAAAAGAAAGCAAAGCAAUUACCAAUGAUUGAAUAGACUUAAGGCAAAUAGGAAACAGAAACAUGAGCUAUGUGCAAAUAAAGAGCAAAUAUGACAAAAUAAGAGGGAUUACUAGGAAAGACAAUAGAAUGUUGCAGCUCACUUGUAAAUAUUGAACGCGUUUGGCAAACAUUUAAAUAUUUUUUUUUUUGUUUUUAAAAAAUUUGCCCAUAUUUAGUUUUCCAGAGUCCCUAACAGACUAAACGAUACAAGCAGCAAACUUAUACCUGAUAAAAAAAAGAAGGAAUUGUAAGAAUUCGACAAAAUAUUUUUCCUUUAAAGCCAUUGAACAAAACGUGACAAAUAAAAAUUUUAAAUUUUA